AUGCCGAAAGUGAUUCAUACAAUAAUGGAGAAACCGAUAGAGUACGCUAUUCUGCUUGCUGUAACAUGCUCAAUUUUUGUGGGGGGCUGGGUUAUCUUUUUGAUCAUUCUGAUUGCGAUUGGAUGUCUUGCUGCUGCUGGAGCAGCUUUUUGGUUCUUCUACUGGAAAAGAAAGACGGGUGGUCGUGAUGGAGAAGAGAAAAAAAAGUCGAAUCGGGAGAGGAUUCAACCAAAAGUGGAUAUGAUGUUUCUAGAGAUAAUACGUCGGCGUCCAAUUUUCGAGUCUGAUACCGAAGAGGAGAGUGAGGAUGAAGAAGGAGCUGUUGAUGCGAAUUGA